GGAGAAGCCAAUCCACCUCCUCCCUCCCCUCCACCUCGCCGCCGCCGCCGCCGCCGCAUCUGCCGAAGGCGGGAGCCGUGAGGGGAAGGACCUGUGGCACGAGGUGGUGGCGGCAUGGAGUUCCUGCAGGGGCAGAGCACGGAGACCGCCGUGGCCGUGGCGGUGGCCGUCGUCGCCGUGGCCGCCGGCGCCGCCUUCCUCCUCCUCCUCCUCCGCAGCAGCAAGAAGCCCAAGGGCUGCUUGGACCCUGAGAACUUCAAGGAGUUUAAGCUUGUGGAGAAGAGGCAGAUCAGUCAUAAUGUGGCCAAGUUCAGAUUUGCUCUACCAACCCCUGCUUCUGUGCUGGGGCUUCCAAUUGGCCAACAUAUCAGUUGCAGAGGGCAGGAUGCUACUGGCGAGGAAGUAAUCAAGCCUUAUACUCCAACUACGCUGGAUUCUGAUCUUGGACGGUUUGAGCUUGUUAUUAAGAUGUAUCCCCAAGGAAGAAUGUCUCAUCAUUUUCAUGAGAUGAAAGUUGGUGACUAUUUAUCUGUGAGAGGACCUAAGGGUCGCUUCAAAUACCAACCUGGGCAAGUAAGAGCAUUUGGAAUGUUAGCUGGAGGAUCAGGCAUUACCCCAAUGUUCCAAGUCACAAGAGCAAUUCUUGAAAACCCAAGUGACAAUACGAAAGUGCACUUAAUCUAUGCCAAUGUCACAUAUGAUGACAUUCUUCUAAAGGAAGAAUUGGAUAGUAUGGUUGAAACCUAUCCCGAUCGCUUCAAGAUAUACUAUGUAUUAAAUCAGCCUCCAGAAAUCUGGAAUGGUGGUGUUGGGUUUGUGUCAAUGGAAAUGAUCCAAACCCAUUGCCCGGCACCUGCUGCUGACAUUCAGAUAUUGAGAUGCGGACCUCCUCCCAUGAACAAAGCCAUGGCUGAACACCUGGAGAAUCUUGGCUACACGAAGGAAAUGCAGUUCCAAUUCUAAGCCUCCACAGUGGAACAAUACCGAAAUAACAGCGAUGGACAACAUUUUCGUUCACCUUCAGUAGAAAUUGUCUGACCCUAGUGCCAUUUAAUCAAGAUAUAGGCGAACUUUAAACCCGAUAAAAGUAGAAUGUCAGGUCAGCAUAUUUUGAGUGAAAGCAAAAAACAACACCUACUUGAGUUGGGGUCAGAAGUUCCUGUAGCCCAUCAUUUUUGUGCCAAUGCUGUUCAAUUCCAGACAGACAGAAUGAAACUAAUUAUUUUUUUUUCAAUCAGAAUUUUGGACACAAGGUUGGAACGUUCAUUGCUCCAGCUAACUCGUUGCUCAGGUGAUUAAAGAAUGACCAACUUGUACCAUUUGAUUAUGAGAAGAAAAACAACUACUGUACGUGCCA